UUAUGAUUGUAUUUUGGGCUCUUCCUUCCCUUCCCUUCCCUUCCCUUCCCUUCUCCAAGCACAAUCCCCCUCUCCCUCUUUUUCACCUUUUCUAUCUUCCUUCUUUGCCACCUUUUAAACACCUCCUCUCUUCUCUUCUUCUCAACUCUCUCUCUCUUUCUAGCUUUUGCUAUACCCAGAUGUCUGAAGAAGGCGGCCAUGAUAGUUUUUGGUUAUGGGAUAGCCAGUCAUGGGCUUUGUCCAAUUCAGAUAAUAAUUCAGCUGGUAGUGAAGAGAAAUCAGGCAAGAACCUUCAAGAACAAGAAACUUUACGUGAUGAGGCCAAGAAGAAUAAGAGAGGCCGUGGAGGAGGAUCAGUAGGAGAGAAUGGGAAAGGAAGUGGAGAAGUGAGCGAAGGGAAAGGAGGAGGAGGUGGUGAAUCAGAUCACGAGAUGCAUAUAUGGACAGAAAGAGAGAGGAGAAAGAAGAUGAGGAACAUGUUUGCUAACCUUCAUGCUUUGCUUCCACAGCUUCCUCCUAAGGCUGACAAGUCGACCAUAGUUGAUGAAGCAGUAAACUACAUCAAAAACCUACAACAAACUCUCCAAAAGCUACAGAAACAAAAGCUGGAGAGGCUCCAAGGUGCCAUUAAUUUUGGUUGUGAGCCCUCCAUGAUGACCACCCAAAAGCAAGCUCUUGAUUCAAGGGAGGCAUUCCUGGCUGAUCACGUAUCUUCAAGUGACCUGGCCAAUAUUAGUGCAACCAAUUUUUCGAGUUCUCUCUCGGUCUCUCAGUUCCCUGUAUUAUUUCAAACAUGGACUUCCUCCAACGUUGUGCUGAACAUAUGUGGUAACGAAGCACAGAUAAGCGUUUGUUCAGCAAAGAAGCCAGGGCUCUUCACCGCUAUUUGCUAUAUUUUGGAGAAGCACAAAAUAGAGGUGAUGUCUGCGCAUAUUUCCUCAGAUUCUGAUCAGAGCAUGUUCAUGAUUCAAGCGCAAGCUGGAGGAGCUUCCAGUCAGACGUUAGAGGCCUUUCAAGCCGAAGAAAUGUUCAAACAAGCUGCAGGUGAGAUCAUGUGCUGGGUCUCUUCCUGAUCAUACCAGAAAACUUGGCCCUCAAAUAUCAUUUCUUCUUUGGGUCAAAGCUACCAUAGAUGGAGUAAAUCUAUCGCCAUUGGAAAAGAUCCAUUUUUUACCAACUAGCUAGAAAUACUCUGUUCUGUUGAAGCUUUUUAUCUGUCUGUGCUUCAAGGUAGCUUUGUUUGUUCGAAGUUGCAGCCUUUGGAUAUGAUUUCUAGCUGCCCUCCUUCCGUGGUCUGUACUCAAAGGCUGCAAUCUCCAACCUAGCUAUAUAUAAUUGUG